CGGGAGAUGAGCAGCAAGUCUCAGUAUUGUCCUGGAACCUUGAAAACUAGGGUCGCUGCUGCAUACGUCGAGGCAGCAAUUCUUGUCAUUCUUUUAUCUUUGUGAAACAAACAUAAAUAAGAAAGAAAAUGAAUAGUUUCGCUUGGCUUCACGUUUUGUGCUCUCUGCUCUGCGGCUGCAACCUUGCCGGCUGCUUCCCUAUCCACCAGUUGACCGAUGGCGAUGGAAUAGACGGCAACCUUCAUCGCGAUAAACGACUCUUCAAAUCGCCUGAAGUGUCAUCUGGAAUCACUGGGAUAACGAGUUCCAUUUCCUCACAUCCCUGGCAACUAAUGCCCCCUAUGAGAAGCAGUCGCCAUCAUCCACUAUACUGGAAGGCAUCCGACGACGAAGAACUCUUCCUGCGUAACAAGCGUAAGCCUAUCAACGACCAAUCAAAUGACCCAAUGUCCGAUGUUGAGACAUCCACCGUCGCGUCAAACAAGGAGGAUUACAUAACGCAACUUCUUGGCGGAAGAAAUCUGAUUAAUCGGCCCUCGAGUUGGGACCCUAAUUUCAAAGGAUUUAAAAACGAUGAAACGUCCACUUCUCAGGGGGAUACAUCCAAGCUGUUUAAUAAAUUCUGGAACGCCGUAUACAAUCCGCUGCCGUACGGCGCUCCACGAUCCGUUCAAACAGGUGACGAGGUGGAUGCCGGUUAUCGCCAGAUGCAGGCCUCUGGGUUGCCGGUUGCCCGGACCGCGUCGCGGGAGAAAGAAAGGGAAAGGUCUGAGCUUCGGUUGCCUAUUCCGGAUUCAGAGAUCCAUUAUCGACAACCGGUCAACAAGUUACUGUUACAAGCGUCCUACAAUCCGCAAAACCGAACCAAGUCAGCGGUGAUUAACUCGAGAAAUCUUACCGAAAGACCAGUCAACGUGGAAGCCUUUCGAAUUUUGAUGGAAAUCAUUAAAUCUCUGAGAAGUAUGGAUAUCUAUUCGACCACUACAUCGCCUUCUUUGUCAAUGGAAGAAUUGAAAACGAGUACCUCUCCAUAGUCUUCGACAAAUUGAUUGCGAUUGCAUGCAUGUAGGUUAGCAUUUCAUCUUACAUUGUAUGACUUUUUCUUGUAAAUAUUCAUUUCCCCAAUUAACGUUCCCUUUGACGAGAAAUGAGAUCUGGGAAAACUAGUUUGGCAUUUAUAUUAUACAUCACUUGUG